CCACGCCGGGUCACGCCGUGAUAAGGGCGGAAGCGGCGGCGGCCGAACAGGGUUGGAGCUGGUGGUCCUGGUCUUGCUGUCCGACGGUCGGCCGCCCGAGAUUUCCUAGUACAAUGGCAGCCAGAGGGAGGACGAAGAAAAGAGCAGCUUUUGAUGCUUCUCCAGAUAACCUGCCUUUGAGGAGCUCUGGGAGACAGGCAAAGAAGAAAGCGGCGGAGGCCACAGAUGAGGAGGAAGAGGGUGUGUCAGAGAAGAAGUACAGGAAGUGUGAAAAGGCAGGCUGUACAGCCACGUGUCCUGUGUGCUUUGCCAGUGCUUCUGAGAGAUGUGCUAAAAAUGGCUACACGUCCCGAUGGUAUCACCUUUCCUGUGGAGAACAUUUUUGUAAUGAAUGCUUUGACCAUUACUAUAGAAGCCAUAAAGAUGGAUAUGAGAAAUACACCUCAUGGAAGAAAAUAUGGACCAGCAACGGCAAGACUGAACCGAGCCCCAAAGCAUUCAUGGCAGACCAGCAGCUCCCCUACUGGGUUCAGUGUACGAAACCUGAGUGUGGAAAAUGGAGGCAGCUUACUAAAGAAAUCCAGCUUACUCCACACAUAGCGAAGACUUAUCGCUGUGGUAUGAAACCAAACAGUACUGUUAAGCCUGAUGGCCCAGAUCAUUGUUCCCUCCCCGAGGAUCUAAGAGUGUCAGAAGUUUCCAAUCACUGGUGGUACUCCAUGCUCAUCCAGCCUCCUUUGCUGAAGGACAGUGUGGCCGCUCCCCUGCUAUCUGCCUACUACCCUGACUGCGUGGGCAUGAGCCCCUCCUGCACCAGCACAAACCGUACCGCGCCCGUUGCUGUUGCCUCGGCUUCGGCUGCCACCACCAGCACUGCCAUCACCAGCACUGCCAGCCCAGGGAAGCUGGAUGCCUCCAAAGUGGCCCCCUCUGCACUUGCUCCGCACAUGAACCGGUACUUCCAGCCUUUCUACCAGCCCAAUGAAUGUGGCAAAGCCCUGUGCGUGAGGCCUGACGUGAUGGAGCUGGAUGAGCUUUAUGAGUUCCCAGAGUAUUCCCGAGAUCCCACCAUGUACCUGGCGUUGAGAAACCUUGUUCUUGCCCUGUGGUACACGAACUGCAAAGAAGCACUCACUCCUCAGAAGUGUGUCCCUCACAUCAUUGUCCGGGGUCUUGUGCGCAUCCGCUGUGUCCAGGAGGUGGAGAGGAUUCUGUUCUUCAUGACCAGGAAAGGCCUUAUCAACACAGGAGUUCUCACCGUGGGUGCCGGCCAGUAUCUUCUUCCGAAAGACUACCACAGUAAAUCAGUCAUCAUUGUUGGUGCUGGUCCAGCAGGUUUAGCAGCUGCUAGGCAACUCCAUAACUUUGGAAUUAAGGUGACUGUACUGGAAGCCAAAGACAGAAUUGGAGGCCGAGUAUGGGAUGACAAAUCUUUUAAAGGUGUCACGGUGGGAAGAGGACCUCAGAUUGUCAAUGGAUGUAUUAAUAACCCAAUCGCGCUGAUGUGUGAACAACUUGGCAUCCGCAUGCAUAAGUUUGGAGAAAGAUGUGACUUAAUUCAGGAAGGUGGAAGAAUAACUGAUCCCACUAUUGACAAGCGCAUGGAUUUUCAUUUUAAUGCUCUCCUGGAUGUUGUCUCUGAGUGGAGGAAGGAUAAGACUCUGCUCCAAGAUGUCCCUUUAGGAGAGAAGAUAGAGGAGAUCUACAGAGCUUUCGUGAGUGAGUCUGGCAUCCAGUUCAAUGAGCUGGAGGGACAAGUACUGCAGUUCCAUCUCAGUAACCUUGAAUAUGCCUGUGGCAGCAACCUUCACCAGGUGUCUGCUCGCUCCUGGGACCACAAUGAAUUCUUUGCCCAGUUUGCUGGUGACCAUACUCUUCUAACUCCUGGGUACUCUGUUAUCAUUGACAAGUUGGCUGAAGGGCUAGAUAUUCGGCUUAAAUCUCCAGUGCAAAGCAUUGAUUACACUGGAGAUGAAGUGCAGGUUACCACAACUGAUGGCACAGGGCAUUCUGCACAAAAGGUAUUAGUCACUGUACCACUGGCCAUACUACAAAAAGGUGCCAUCCAGUUUAACCCACCAUUGUCAGAGAAGAAGAUGAAGGCCAUCAAUAGCUUAGGUGCAGGCAUCAUUGAAAAGGUUGCCUUGCAGUUUCCUUACAGAUUCUGGGAUAGUAAAGUUCAAGGAGCUGAUUUCUUCGGUCAUGUUCCUCCCAGUGCCAGCCAGCGAGGGCUCUUUGCAGUGUACUAUGACAUGGAUCCUCAGAAGCAGCAGAGUGUGCUCAUGUCGGUGAUUGCAGGGGAGGCGGUGGCAUCCCUCAGGACCCUGGAUGACAAGCAGGUGCUACAGCAGUGCAUGGCCACCCUUCGGGAGCUGUUCAAGGAGCAGGAGGUCCCUGAUCCCACAAAAUAUUUUGUCACUCGGUGGAGCACAGAGCCAUGGAUCCAGAUGGCAUAUAGCUUUGUAAAGACAUUUGGGAGUGGUGAAGCCUAUGAUAUCAUUGCUGAAGAAGUGCAAGGAACCGUCUUCUUUGCUGGUGAGGCAACAAACAGGCAUUUUCCACAAACUGUUACAGGGGCAUAUUUGAGUGGUGUUCGAGAAGCAAGCAAGAUCGCAGCAUUUUAAAUAGAACUUGUCUGGACCCAGCUUUCUUCUAUACCCCAAAUGGGAAUGUUUGACACAGGUUAAACUUCAAUUUUGUAAAAGGGGGGAUUUUUUGUUUAGUGAAUAGAAAUGUUUGUGUGAUUUGAAACUCAUUUCACUAUUUUGAAAUCAUUGACCCUCAAAAUCCUUCUGAGCACUUGUAUUUAUAUUUUUCAGUAUGUCCACCUUGUGCCAAGUCUUCUGGAUUCCAGAAGGUGGCAUGACAGACUCCCUGGCACCUCUGUUGUGUUUCUUCUAGUGGGAUUCCUUCAGGCUUGCCAAUCACUUUUCACACAUUGUGAAACCCAGUCUAAUGAAACAAGUUGGUAACAAACUGACAAAGCCAUGUGUUUUUCUUUUUGUGACAGUUUAUGAAUAUCUUUACCAAUGAGCCUUAAUAUUUUUACAUUGCUGCAAUAUUGAGCUUUUCUUCAAAAUUAGAAUUUUUUCUUUGUGAUAAAACUUUAAAGUGGUGUGAAACUUUAGGCUAUUUUAUACUACACUACUAUGUCUUUCCAUCAGGUAUUCAAGAAGCUUAGGUCCAGAUAUAUUUUGUGAUAUUUCAGAUUUAUGCAGUCAUUGGGAAAAACAAAACUCUCUAUGUCCCCUUAAACAGUAUAUAUUGUAUCAUUGAAAAUGGGAUGUAUGUAGGGAGAGUGGUUUUCAAAUUAUAAAACACAAGACUAUCUGUUCUAAGCCAUUUUGGGUGCACCUUUAAAUAUGGCAGAAAGGUCCAAAUACAAGCCCCUCUAUGCCUAACUUAUUUUUAAAAAUAACUUUUGCUUACUUUAGGAAUCUUUUUCAUAAUUAUGUUUAGUUUCCCAUAGGCAGGUCCACUGGAAAACUGCAGGCAAAACAAAAAGAAAUCCUGAAGGACAGAUUGUUUAAUGAACAUUGGUUUUAGAUGCUUAUUCUGUUAUGAAACUUCAGUUGACAGGUUAGAAAUACGCUUUUGUUUUAAAAAGUCCUGAACAACUCUUUGAAUUAUAUUGGUCUGUCUUUUAAAAAAGGCCUUUAAAGCCACUUUUUGAAAUGCUAACUUUCAAUUUCAAAAAUGCGUAAUAGAAAAGGCAGAUAUUUUAUGCAAAGAAAGUGCAGUGGCUGUAUAGAAGAACAGAGUAAAUGAGAUACUUAAAGGGUUAUUUGUUGAGACUCGUUGGUACUCAUCAGGGAAGUAUUCUAAAGUGUAAAGCUCAAGUAGCAUGUGUUAAGUGAAAUAUAAAGUAUGUUAUGUUUGAAAUGGUUAUAGUAAGUUAUUUAGUGUAUGGGUGUUUAAGCUUGUAAAAGUAGGAGAAAACCUACUUAAAUGUAUAAUGUAUAUUUAAUUUGUUUCAAGUGACAUGCUUCCUUUUGUUCUAAAGAAACUAUGGUACUUGAGUUACUUUGUGCAAAAACUUUUGUAAUUAAGCAGUAGUUAUAUUCAUGGUGAUUUAACUACAAAUCAUGAAUAGCAGGUUGUGUAAAACUGCUUAAUAAAAUCUAGGCUUUUCAAAUGCA